ACAUCACCCGGCCUUGUCCCGGAAAUAGAGAAACGUCAACAAUCCUCUCGGCAAGGCCGUGUCAAGAGUAGCCAAGCAGCGAGGCAUAUUUUGGAUACUGUAUUAGUGUGUAGCAUCGCAGCGAUGUCAAUGUUCGGGAAGAUAUUUGGCGGGGGAGGCAAAGGAAACAGGGGACCGAACCCCCAGGAGGCGAUCCUGAAACUCCGUGAAACCGAGGAUAUGCUAACCAAGAAGCAGGAUUAUUUGGAGAAAAAGAUUGAGCAAGAGCUGCAAACAGCCAAGAAAAACGGCACCAAAAAUAAAAGAGCUGCUCUGCAGGCUUUGAAAAGAAAGAAGCGCUACGAGAACCAGCUAGGCCAGAUCGAUGGCACGUUGUCCACCAUUGAGUUCCAGAGAGAAGCUCUGGAGAAUGCCAACACCAACACUGAAGUGUUGAAGAACAUGGGCUUUGCUGCCAAGGCCAUGAAGUCCGCCCAUGAAAACAUGGACAUUGACAAGGUGGAUGACCUGAUGCAGGACAUAACCGAGCAGCAGGAGUUGGCCCAAGAAAUCUCUGAUGCCAUCUCGAAACCCGUCGGCUUUGGAGAAGAUCUGGAUGAGGAUGAACUUCUUGCUGAGCUGGAGGAGCUAGAACAAGAAGAGCUGGAUAAUAAUUUGCUGGACGUCGAAUCAGAGGAUGUCACUCUUCCCAAUGUGCCUUCUACUUCAUUACCUACCAGACCCGCGGCAAAGAAAGAGGACGAAGAGGACGAUAUGGGCGACCUGAAGCGCUGGGGGAUGGAAGCCAUAUAAACACAUCAUGCUAAACCGUAUCAAAGAUGAAGCUGAAAAGAGGAAGGCAUGAAUGGACUGAUAAGAUGUUGUGUGUUUGUUUGUGUUGGAAGAAAUCGCCUGAACUCAAUUUAACACUCCCUCCUCUUUCCCCACCCCUUCGAAAAAAAGCUGAUAUUGUUGUCUUUCUUUAAUUGAGUCUCAGAAUGUCCUCAAUCUUCUCAUUUCAAGGCUUGUCAACAGUGGCUCUGUAAUACAGCAAAGUCACAAAUAUUUUAUGAGAACCUGACACUGAGGGUUCAUGUCAGUGUGACAUUGUGACAUGACUCACAUAAACUGUCUAGCCCCCUUUUUCUUGUAAUUUUCAUGGCUUGUGUAAGAGAUGCUGCAGGGUGAAGUUAUGAUCUCUGUUGAAUUCAAAUCCCAUGUGUUGUCCCAAAUUGGGUGCUUUGUCUUAAAGAAAAUGACCUCAUCCUAAAAACAAUAGCCUCCACUCACCUACUCAUCAGUGGUUAGUUAUUUGCUGUAAACAUGUCUCUUUUUCUACUAAGAAACUUUUUUGCUGUCACUGACAGCCUCUGUUUCAGCUAAAGGGGUGGGGUGUGCAACCAAACAAAAAUGAGCUGUCAGCAAACACAAGAUAUGACAAGAAGAGGAACAAGUUGAGAGCAUUUCAACGCCCAUUUUGAUUCUGUUUUUCUCCCUAUUAAUGUCCAUGUUUCAAAUGUUAUGUUAGAAUAAAUAGCAACUAUGGUCACUGUUCAACUGGAAUCACAAUGGGAUAGAAAACUUGUCACUAUGCAGGGAUUGUCAACCGGUGGUCCGCGGCCCUCUAGUGGUCCACAACAUUGGAAAUGGAAAAUAACCUUUUAAAAAAUAAAGUGGGUUUAGGGUCGACUCAGUGGCGCACUGGUUAGCACGUCCGCCUCACAGUUAGGAGGUUCAAUUCCACCUUCGGUCCUCCCUGUGUGGAGUUUGCAUGUUCUCCCCGUGCGGGUUUCCAUGCACAUCCUAAAAACAUGCUUGGUAGGCCAAUUGAGCAAUCCAAAUUGCCCCUAGGUGUGAAUGCGAGUGCGGGUGGUUGUUCGUCUCUGUGUGCCCUGCGAUUGGCUGGCAACCGGUUCAGGGUGUCCCCCGCCUAUUGCACGAUGACCGCUGGGAUAGGCUCAGCACGCCUGCGACCCCCGUGGGUACAAAGCGGUACAGAAAAUGGAUGGAUGGGUGGAAGUUGGUUUAUUGAAUAAUUUACCCAUCUAAAUUAUGUCAAAUGUAGCUGAGAUUCCCAAAAUAGACACCGAUGCAAAUGAACAGCAUGUAUAGGUAUAUCCUCCUUUGAUGCAAAAUCAAAUAAUAUUCCGCCAAAGCAGUGGUCCCCGAGUUGCUUCUUGGUUAUAAUGGUAGUUCCUUGGACAAAGCCAGUUGAGAAUCCCUGCUCUAAUCCAUUGGUUUAAUUUGUUUUGGAGUUAAAAAGUGUUAAUACAGUUUAAAAAUAAGGUGUCGAUUUUUUACAUUGUUGGGAAAAUACAACAGAAUUAAGAUGGAAUGAAAGAAUAUGGGCACGCAUGUAUGCAUUUCAGUCUUAUUUAUCCAGAUAAGAAUAUUAUUUGCAAGUUCAUUAAAAGAAAACAAUUCUUAA